CCGCUUGACUCACCGAGUCACCGACGAAGCUUACUCUCUCUCACUCUCUUUCACCGACUCAGUUUACUCUCUCACCGACACCCCUUCUCACCGCUUCCAUCGCCUCUUUCACCUCAGAGAUUUCACUCGUGAUUUGCAUCACACCUGAAACUGAACACCAGUUCUUCAAGUCCGACAGAGACAGACACCAUCAGCCUUCAUAUUCAAGACUGUCGGACAAUUUGAGCCAGUAAUCACAUUCCGGGCAUGUACGGCGUCGCAUUGAAGCCUCAGCUACUGCGGUCACUUCUUAGGGAAUACAUCCCAGACGAAAAACACUCCUUCAGAAACUCUUUGGACGUCUCUCACGCCGUAUCUGCCGUUAAAACUCAUCAUCUCCUCUGGGAAUGGGCCCCAUCUUCCACCGACCAAAAGCUCAGUGACGGCUGGAAGUCGGCCGUCGAUGCCUGGGUCAAUCGGGUCUCCGCCCUUGCUUCCAGCAGCAUGCCAGAUAAAUCCUGGGCUGGAAUAUGCUUGCUAGGAUUGACAAGUCAGGAAUGCAGUUCAGAGCGUUUUUUGGCUUCCUACUCAGAAUGGUUCAACAAGAUCUUGUCUCAUAUGCAGCCUCCUUCAGAUUCCCAUUUCGUGAGGGUCGCUUCUUGUGCCUCAAUGUCUGAUCUGUUCACAAGGUUGGGUGGAUUUCCUAAUGCGAAGAAAGAUGGGAAUUCGCAAGCCUCUAAGCUUAUUCAACCAGUACUGAAGCUAUUAAAUGAGGAUAGCUCUGAUGCCUUCUGGGAAGAAGCUAUUUCCUUAUUGUGCACACUUACAAAUGUUUUUCCAGCUUCUGUCAGCCGACACUACGAUAGUAACAUGAAUCUAAGUGGAGAACUAUAUAGUAGAAUUGGCCUGCAAAGAAAGAUGUAUAGUUUGAAAUGCUACAUCUCAUCCUGGCUAGAUCAUCGUAUACUUGCCACUACGACUUUAGAAGCAAUUGGUGGCUUAUGGUUCUCAACUCGGAAACUGGAACUUCAUCCUGCCAUACGCUCCUUGAUUGGAAGUAUAGUAGGCAUGACUGCUCUCCAGGUCACUUUGAGAGUAUCAACUCUUCUGUCAUUCGUACCUGUGUCAUCUGGCAGUUGGCAUAGCUCAUCAAGCUGGAGCUCUAACGCUUCUAAGUAUGAUGCUUCUGCUCAAUCACACCAUACGUCGGCCGAUGUCACUUCUAAAGACUCUGUCUCCUGUUGUAAAAACAGCCACCUAGAUGAUCAUCAGGACAAUGUGUAG